UCCGCUACAACCUCAGGGUUACCCUCAUUUUUAUUUUGGCUUUGGUGUGCAGUGACUCACUGCAGGGACGUCGGGGCAUGUUCAGAGACGAGAUAACAAACGUCCCAGCCGGGAAAGGAAGAUUCAGAAAGUGUGGGGGCGAUGCACUUGAUGAAUGUAGUGAAUGUGGUGGAUGAGCGCACAUCUCGGCGGGCGUUUUCGCGUUACUUCUUCAAAAAAAGACGCUCUCCAAUGGAAAGCAACGCAAAUGAAGAUCUCAUGUUGUCGCAGGGCAUGGAUUUAAGAAUACUGGUAGUAGUGUUCAGCAUGGUUGCCUCUGAACUCUCUCACGUUCACACUAGACCAAUCGACUUUGUGUGUGACAGCGAGGCCAGAAGAAUGAUGAACAAGGUCAAGGACUUACAAGUGGAAAUGGGAGUCUGCAGUGCUGUAGAUGCUCUGCCGUCUGAUAUUAAAUUACCAUGCAUCAGAAUUCACAAAGCAACCUGGGAGAGAAAAUCAGUGCAUGAGAAGAGGGCUGAGAUCCUGCUGUCUUUGGGGACACUUGCGCAGGAUGUGCGGUCUGCCAGGACACUCAGCCAAACUGGCUGUGGACUCACUCUGCUGGAGCGCUUGGAGCACAGUAUCAACAACUACUUGCAUGUAGUAAGACUACUCCACAUUGAGGUGAGGACGACCAGUUCAACCUUGUGCUGCAGCUCAGAUAGAUAUUGGCACAGAGACUUAUGGUGUGCGAGACGGAUUGCGAGCCUCUUGAGGAAUUCACUCACAUAGGAGCUGAUAUUGACUUGCAGAAUGAAGAAUGAGGGCAUAGGAUUG